AUGGGGCCACAACAGCAGAAGGGCGAUGCCCUGAAAGAAUAUAGUGUCGAUCUUACAGAGAUGGCAAAGAACGGAAAACUUGACCCUACGAUCGGGAGAGAUGAAGAGAUUCGGAGGACAAUACAGAUUCUCUCUCGUCGCACCAAGUCUAAUCCAGUCCUCAUUGGACCACCCGGAGUCGGAAAAACAGCCAUUCUAGAAGGACUUGCAACACGCAUCGUAUCCAAAGAAGUCCCAGAGUCAUUGCACAACAAACGAGUGCUCUCAAUUGACCUCUCCGCUAUCAUGGCUGGUUCUGGUAUCCGCGGCCAAUUUGAAGAAAAGUUCAAGGCCUUGAUUAAAGACAUUGAGGACGAAGCUGGCAGCGUGAUUUGCUUCAUCGACGAAGUCCACACACUGUUCAACCUUGGCAAAGCCGAAGGCAGCAUCGAUGCUGGCCAAAUGAUCAAGCCCGCUCUCGCUCGUGGAUUACAACUCGUUGGCGCCACAACGCCCGACGAGUAUCGAAAGACGAUUGGUAAAGACGCUGCGCUCGAGCGACGUUUCCAGCCAGUCUCGAUUGAUGAGCCCACCGUCGAAUCGACCAUCUCAAUCCUUCGUGGCCUCAAGGCCCGGUAUGAAGUCCACCAUGGUGUUGAGAUAUCCGAUGGUGCCUUAGUCACAGCCGCCGUCUACGGAGCGCGCUACGUCUCUGAUCGCUUCCUCCCCGACAAAGCCAUCGACCUCGUCGACGAAGCCGCAUCCGCCCUCCGUCUCGCGCAAGAAUCCAAACCUGACGAACUCGAGAAGCUGGAGAGGGAGAUGAUGACGAUACAGAUCGAGCUCGAGAGCUUGAAGAAUGAGUUGGAUGUGUUCAGUCAGGAGCGGAAACAAAAGCUUGAGAAAGAUCUGUCGAACAAGAGAGAGGAGGCGGGGAAGCUUACAGAGCUUUGGCAAACCGAGCGCAGACGUCUCGACCACAUCAAAGAUACCAAGAAACGCCUCGAAGACGCAAAGCUCGAGCUCGAAAUCGCACAGCGCGAAGGCCAAUACGAACGCGCCUCUCGCCUCCGAUUCGCCACCAUCCCAGAUCUCGAACGACAAUUGCCGAAGGACGGCGAGCGUCUGGAAGAGAACACCGAGUCUCCGCUGUCGAUGCUGCAUGAUCGUGUCACGUCGAACGAUAUCGCGCGUGUGGUAGCGAAGGCAACGGGAAUACCUGUCCAGAAUUUGUUGAAGGGAGAGAGGGAUAAGCUCGUACACAUGGAGGAUAUGCUGAAAGAGAGGGUCGUGGGUCAGGACCAUGUCGUACAGGCGGUUUCAGACGCCGUUCGGAUAUCUCGUGCUGGACUACAAGCUCCAAAUCGUCCUGUGGCGUCGUUCUUAUUCCUAGGUCCUACCGGUGUAGGCAAGACCGAACUUUGCAAAGCGCUUGCAUCGUUCCUCUUCGAUGAUGAAAAGAGAGGAUUGAUCAAUAUCAACAUGUCAGAGUACCACGACCGGCAUACCAUGUCUCGCCUCAUUGGUGCAGCGCCCGGAUACGUCGGGUUCGAAGAGGGUGGUCAGCUGACCGAGGCAGUUCGACGGAGGCCAUACGCCGUUAUCCUUCUCGACGAGUUGGAGAAGGCACAUAAGGAUGUUGCUAUGAUUCUUCUACAGAUCCUUGAUGAAGGCAGCAUUACGGACAGCCAAGGUCGCAAGGUUGAUUUCAAGAACACCAUAAUCUGCCUCACAAGUAACCUCGGCAGUGACAUCCUCGCCCACCCUACCGCCUCCGACUCAAACGGCGUAGUGACCACCGAAGCAACCACCGAAGUCCUCGAACGCACCUCCGAAUACUUCCCCCCAGAACUGCUCAACCGUCUCGACUCCAUGAUCGUCUUCAACAAGCUAUCCAAAGCCUCGAUCCUCCAAGUCGUCGACCUCCGUCUGGCAGACGUGGCAGACAGGUUGAGCGGCAGGAGGAUCAAGAUUGACGUGGAUGAGAAGGCGAAGGACUGGCUUGCGAAGGAGGGGUAUUCGGAUGUAUAUGGGGCGAGGGCGAUUGCGAGGGUUGUGAGGACGAAGGUACUGUUCCCGUUGGCGCAGAAGAUGCUGAAUGGGACUAUUCGUGAUGGUGAUGUUGUUAAGAUUCGGGUCGCGAAGGACGAUAAGAACUUGGAGAUACAGGAUAAUCAUCCACCGGAUGCCUCUGUGCAGAACUCUACCGAUGGUUCGGUCACGCCCGUGGAUGACUGA